CUCUGUUGCAGGAAGUAGACACUUCUUGUAGCAGCCACUGCAGCUGCCAAAGGAAUUUUCGUCUGACGGAGGGAACCAUAGAAGCAAGGCACUGAGGGCUUCACAGAGUGGAGCCAGUUGAAGAUGGACAUUGAGAUGGAGAUGAAGAUGAACAGUGACGGGGACCCCACCACCUCCUGGCCCCUGCUGUCUUGGCUAGCCUCCUGCAUCAUGGUGUUUGGGGGGGUCGUGCCCUAUGUCCCCCAGUAUCAGGAGAUACUCAGGACCUCCAACACUGAGGGGUUUUCCACACGUGUCUGCCUUGUCCUUCUGGUGGCCAACAUUCUUCGAAUCUUCUUCUGGUUUGGAAAGCAGUUUGAAUCCCCUCUCCUGUUCCAGAGCAUGGUAAUGAUCCUUACAAUGCUGGCUAUGCUACGCCUCUGCUGUUCAGUCCAAACAGCCAAUCGCGUCUCCGCCAAACAACACUACUUCACAGACCUGGACCUGAGGUAUUUUUGGAGCUGGGCUCGCUUUGAGGACUACCUUCUGUUUUGCUUUUCCUUCACGGUGCUGAGUGCCCUCAUCACCUUCCUCUUCCUGGAUUCAGUCCUGUUUGUGGAGGGCCUUGGGUCUCUGGCUGUGCUCACUGAGGCAAUGCUGGGGUUACCACAGCUGCUCCAGAACUUCCAGAACAAGUCAACACGGGGCAUGAGCAUAAAGAUGGUGUUGCUGUGGACAGGAGGGGACCUUUUCAAGACGACCUAUUUCCUAGUGAACGAGGCUCCAUCCCAGUUCUGGCUGUGUGGCAUAACCCAGAUCUGCAUUGAUAUAGCCAUCCUCCUGCAGGUGUCCGUCUACGGACAGGAGACCCACACCAAGUAUGGGUGACAGCACCAAGUACCAAAUUAAAGACAUUGCACAUCAUUUAUAGUCGGCAAACCAGUCUGAAAACUUUGCUUGUAGAUUUGGUCACGGUUUAUUUUGAGUGCCGUUUUUUUAGUUUAUUAACUGUUAACAAAAACUGUUAAAUUUUAGCUAAGGGUUAGGGUUAGGGUUAGAGUUAGGGUUAGUGUUAGGGUUAAUAAAAACCUGAUUUAAUUCGCUAAACACUACUACAGUAACAAUUUGAACCGAUUUCAAGCAUACGAUUGACUGGGUAUUGAUCAACCAUAGGGUUAUGGUGUUUGCAGUAUUAGCUGGCCUAUUAUAUAUUAUUAUUAUUAACUAACAGUUAACAGAAAAUAAAUUAUGUACAUUAACAUGUUUAUUAGCUGUUUGUUAACAGUUAAUAAACAAAAAAACGUCCUUUAAAAUAAAGCGUGACCGUAGAUUUUCUUUAAAUGUGUUCAUGUCAUGGUCAUGUGCACAGGGAAUGGCCAAAAAAGUAGAAAAACCUGCCAUAACAGUGUCAGCAGGGUGUAAUUCUGUUGUCUUGGUGUAUAGUCUGAAACAUUAAUCAUUUGUGAUGUCUUGGAUAGGGAAAUACUUGCCAACUGACCAUCUACUAACAACCCUCAUUCAAAGUCUGAGCGUUUUUAUAUAUAACAGAAUACAUGUCUAAUUAAUCAGUCACAGAACUAGUAAUUACAGAUGGUGUUUUUAUUUUUUUGUCCAGCCCCUGUAUGUAUUGUACCUAAUAUAGGUUUAUCUCAGGGCCCUGCACUGCCAGAUAUUUAUUUUCCUAAUAAUUUUCUUUUUACAACAACCAAAUACAACCUUGUACAACCAAGGGUAAACAAAGGAGUUUUUGUAACUUUGUACAGUUUGAUGUUUUUUGUUCACGGUUAGAAAAUGUGGUAGCACUUUAGAUUGCGUGGCAAACAUCACCAUGUAAUAACAUGGUAAUAACUGGGUAAAUGUUUUUUGCUAUCACAUGGUAACUACUGGUGAAAUAAGUGUAUAAUUGCAUCAAAAAGUAUGUGCCAAGUAAUUGCACAGUAGUUAAGAACAGGAGCCAUUACAAUGUAAUUACAUGGCUAUUCAUGCCCUAGAAUAUAAAUUGCUACUAAAACUGCUGUACAGUUCAUAGUCACUGCUCUUAGUAUGAUAUAUGCCAUAUAAUGUGUGCCAAUCACUACAAGCACUGUACAUUUAAAAAAAAUAAAGCAAAGAAAGUGCACAUUAAUGUGUUAUUGAUGCCAUUAAAAAGGUAUAGCAGGAUAACCAAUACAGAGUAUCAAAGCCACUCUACCACAAAAUCUUUCUCCACGAAUUUUAAAAAGUAUGUUCUCAGGAAGUGUGAUUGCCUGACCUAUAAAACCACUGAUCUACAGUUGUUGCUCCCAGAGUAAGGCUCUCGAAGAAAACAUAUUGCACCAUACAGGCCUUUGGUACAAAGAACACCUCUGUCGUCAGUAACAAACAUUGGAGCUUUUGUUCCAAGCAGAGAUACAUAUAUACAUAUAUAUAUAUAUAUAUAUAUAUAUAUAUAUAUAUAUAUAUAUAUAUAUAUAUAUAUAUAUA